AUUGAAAUCGUGCGAUCAGCGAUAGUCAUCGUGCAUACCACCUGAGCCUUCGCUUGACAUUUUUUUUUCCCAUCCCGUUUUCACACUCAUGGCAGGCAUGCGGGCAGGCGGCAUUGUGCAUUGAUUCUUAUGGUGUCAUUUCUGAAUGGCCUGAUUUUUUCAUUUCAUUUCUUUCUAUUCGUCAGGUCAGGUCAUUAUCUCUGCUCAACAUUAACAAAUAAAAACAGACCUGAUGGACGGUCGGUCGUUAUGUUUUUCAUCCUUCGCUUCUCUGAUUGGUUUUUACAGUCUCAAAAAUUCUGUCUGCUCUCCGGAGAUGUGUGCCGUUUUCAAGUCAUCUGUUGUGUGGUAUUGUCCUGCGAAACAAGCCAGCAAAGCAAGCGUUUCAGCAAGCCAGCGAGCUCUAGCAGAUACCCAUGCAUUCAACCACUAAAUGAUGCUAUUUAAAAGCUAGUUUUUCUCCUUCUUUCUUUCUUUUUGUACUCCACACCAUCGCUCC